AUGGCGGCUCGAUCCAUCACCGCGGCAGUCCUCGCGUCGUCGCCGCUGCCGCCGCGCGCUGCCGUAUCGCGGCAAGGCGCGGAGAUAGGCCGGUCGGUUGAGAUACAGGCACUCUUAGACACGCGCGCUGCUGCUGCACCGCGUGUUGCGCGCGUAGAGUGUUGCGCUUCUAGCGGGGCUGCUAGCAGCGCAAUUGGUGGGGCUUCUACUAGGGCUGUUAGUAGCACCACUGCUGGCCAGCGGCGCGCAACGAACCGGACAGAUGGGGCGAGGGAGGCGCGGCCCGUUGUUUCGCGGAAGAAGCGGCGCGGCUUGCGGAGGGUGGCGCACCUCUCCGCCGGCGACGGUACGCAGCCGAGCCCCGAGUCCGCGCGGGCGGUGUGGGCGGAAGUUCUGAUAGUGGGGCCGCGGCACUCCGCGCGUGGGGACGAGGAGUGCGGGGAGAGUCCUCAGGGGGUUGCGGGGGAAGCCAGUUGCGCGGGCGGUGGCGCGCAGCAAGAGGGGCUUGGAGCGCGUGGGGAAGGACUCGCGGGGCAGGGGGGCGUGUGGAGUGAGGCGGACGAGGCGGAGCUGAUUGCGCGGGCGGUGGGCGGUGCGGUGGUCAAUGCAGGGGGGGCGCUUAUUGCUGGUGUGAUGUGCGCAGGCGCGGUGGACGCGGAGGGCGCGGAGGCGGCGUGGGAAAGGUUGGGGGCGGAGGGCAGCGCGGGAGUGAGUCUAUCUGGAGAAGCGGAGGCGGAGACGAAAGCGGGGGAAUCUGAGAUGGCGCGGGGAAGGCUGGAGCUGGAGCGCGCGCAGCUGGAGCUGGCGAUGCGGGAGUCGCGUGGGGAGGCGGAGAGGAGAGAGGCGGAGCGCGGAGCGGCGGAGAGCGGGGAGGCGGAGGAGGGAGAGGCGGAAAGGGGGGAGGCGGAGGCGGUGGAGGGCGAGGUGGCAGUGGGGGAGGUAGAGCCGCAGAAGGCCAUGAGAUUGGGCGAGGGCUUUGAGGAGUGGGGGGACGCACGACAUGGCGAGGACAGCGUUUGCGCGGGUGACACGGUUGGGCUGCUGGUUGCGCGGAAGGACUCAGCAGGCGUGGCGGAGCACGCGGAGCGGGGGGUGCGCGCGGAUGCAGCUGGGGGCUCGGAGUCGAGCGACGACGAGGCUGCUGCGGUGGAAGCCAGGCCAGCCGCUUUCCCCGCCGCUCUUAACUCGCUGUACCUGGCGUUUGUGUUCAACUGCUUCGUGGAGCACGCGUGGCGCUUCGCGGGCGCGGCUCUGCUGGCGCUGCUGCACGACUCGCUGCUGCCCGUCGCCGUCGCCAGCUUCGCCAGCCAGCUGGUGGUGUUCGUGGGGGCGCCGCUGGUGGGCGACAUGAUGGACUCUGCCCCGCGGGUCGCGGCCUUCAACACCAUCUCCUGCAUCCAGACAGCAGCCAUGGUAGCAGCAGCGCUGGCAACGCUAGCAGCAGUGCACGCGGCGCCGGCAGUGGCGGGGCAGUCAGGAGCGGUGCUGAUGCGGAAGGGAUGGUUCGCGGUGCUGGUGGUGGCGGGGGCGGUGGAGCGCAUCACAGGCAUUGCGUCCGGCGUGGCCUUCGAACGUGACUGGGUCAUUCUCUUGGCGGGGCAGGGCAACGCGGCAGCGCUGGCCAACGCCAACGCCAUGCUGCGCCGGGCCGACCUCUUCUGUGACGUGGCAGGGCCGGUGGUGUUUGGGUGGCUGCUCUCAGCAUUCAGCCCGGCUGUGUGCAUCAAAGCCUCCCUCGCCACCAUGCUGCUCUCCCUGCCCAUCCUCAUCUGCCUCGUGCUGCGCACGGACCGCCAGUCCAACGGUGUGCUGAGCCGCCCCAAGCCGCCUGCUGCACCACGGCUCUCCCUAGAGCCGCCCUCCACACAGCGCACCAGCAGCACGAGCCGCACGGAGAGCAGGGGGGGGGGGAGAGGUAGCAGGGAAAGAGCGACUGCUGCAGGGGCUGCUGGUUCUGCAGCAGACACGGCCGCAUCCACCCGCGCACCCUCCCCUGCUGCCGGCGUCCCGCCACCCGCGCUGCUCCUCAUGGCAGCACCCCGGGCUGUAGCGGCGGCACUCACUGGCAGCUGCCGGGCAGCCGGGUCGGUUGUGGGGAUGUCGGUGCGGUCGGUGGUGCGCGGGUGGAGGAGUUUCCUGGGGCAGCCGGUGCUGCCCGUGAGUGUGGCGUACGUGUUGCUCUUCUUCAACUGUGUGCUGUCGCCCGGCGGGCUCAUCACCAGCUUCCUCACGCAGCAAGGAGUAGACGUGUCGGUGAUAGGGGCCUUCAGAGGCGCGUGUGCGGCCAUGGGCUUCGCUGCCACCUUUCUCUCGCCGCUCCUCAUCACCCGCCUUGGCCUGCUGCAGGCGGGCGGGGCAGCGCUGCUGUUCCAGUCGCUGGUGCUGGCGGCGUCCCUGGGGGUCUUCGCCCUCUCUCACUCCAUGGGCCACCACCACUCGCUGCUCCUCGCCUUCCUCGCGCUCAUCGUGGUAUCACGGCUGGGCCACUGGACAUACGACGUGGUGGACGCGCAGAUCUUCCAGGUGGCCAUCCCGCCCGCGCAGGCCAACAUAGUGGGCACCACGGAGGUGGCGCUGGCGAGCCUGGCGGAGCUCGUCAUGCUGGCCCUCGCCAUCGCCGCCCACGACGUGCGCCACUUCGGCCUCCUCGCCGCGCUCUCCGCUGCUGCUGUGUUCGCAGCUGCCGCCAUCUACUGCGCGUGGGAGCGGUCGGGAAAUCAUCAUCGUAGGAGCCUCUUUCCGCCGGAGCCACGGCUAAGGUGGUGGCCGUGGGGGCGGCGCAAGAGGAGAGCGGGCGGGGCGGGUGGUGGUAAAGGGGCAGGAACGGGGACGGGAGCGCCUGCUGCACCAGCUGCCUGA